AUGCAAUUUGUUUUCUCAGAUUUAUUAGGUGAUGGCCUUUUACUUGUUGACGGCGAAAAUUGGAAAACCCAAAGGCAAAUCCUCACGCGUAACAUAUUCCACGCGGAUACAUUUCUUUAUCUAGUUAAAUCAGCCACUGUGAACGAGCUCCAUCGUCGUCUUAUUCCUCUAUUCGAAAGUGCAUCAAUAAAUAAAAAUACUCUUGAACUUCAAGAUGUUUUUCAUCGGCUUACUUUUGACAUUUUAUGUCAAGUAGGAUUCGGUCAUGAUCCCCAGUACUUAUUACCAUCUCUCCCUGAGACCCCGUUAAUAGACUCUUUUGAAACAGCAAUCAGGAUCAGCAUGACGAGGUUUAUUUACCCGUCCGUCUUGUGGAGAAUUAAAAAAAUUCUCAACAUUGGAUCGGAAAAGAAUCUCAGGUAUGCUGUCAAUGUACUCCGUGAAUACGUAAAGAAGAGAAUUGCGGACAAGCGUUCACAUUCAUCAGGCGAUUUUCUUGACAGAUUUGUCAAAUACUACAACAAUGGACUAGUACACGAUGACGAGGACAAGUUUGUUAUUGAUAGCUGUAUUAAUUUAAUCCUGGCUGGUGAUGAUACUGUAUUUUCAGCUUUAAUAUGGUUGUUUUGGUUCAUCUCAACUCACCGAGAGGUAGAAAAGGAGAUUGUCAAAGAAAUCGAAGAAAAAAAUGGUGAUUUAAAUGCAAUGGUGUAUACACAUGCUUCAAUUUGCGAAAGCAUGAGAUUGUACCCGCCAGUCAAUGUGGAAGUGAAGCAAGCGACUGAAGACGAUGUUUUGCCAGAUGGGACUAAAGUGAAGAAGGGAACAAGCAUUAUUCUCCACAUUCUCGCAAUGGGGAGAUGGUCUGAAUUGUGGGGUUCCAAUUAUCAGGAUUUUCGCCCAGAGCGUUGGUUGGUAAAAGAUGCAUGUACGGGAAACUGGAAAUUUGUCCCAAAGGAUCCGUUUACAUAUCCAGUGUUUCAAGCUGGGCCAAGGACUUGUCUUGGUAAAGAAAUUGCUUUCAUGCAGAUAAAGUUGGUGGUUGCUUGUGUUCUCAAGAGGUUCAGGCUUGUUCCUGUUGAUGGUUUUACUCCUAUUUUUAAUUCGUCAUUGACAUCAAAGAUGAAAAAUGGUUUUCCUGUACAAAUUGUGGAUCGUCGCUAA